AUGCUUCUUACCUUCUGGAUUUCCAAGAAUGGUGCCAUCGCUUCAUCUGGAUCUGAUGUUCCUUUCGGCACUGUGGUGUACAUAAGUCUCCAAGUUUAUUCCUCUGGAUAUUUCGAUAAAGAGUACUUGGAGUAUUACUCCGCCCCCGAAACAUGCGACAUAUCAGACUCACGUAUUGUUUGUAGAGGUUCCUCUAGCGGAGACAUCUGGAUAGACAUAAGUACAAAACUACCGUACUACUACUACUACUACUACUACUACCUGUCCGUACCAAUGUCUUCUUCUUCGUUCACCGCCGCGUCUUCACAAGAAUUCGAAAUGGACAAAUCCAAGAAUCUCAAAGAGAAAUUGGAGAGAACGAAGCUGGAAAACGUGACACUUCAACGAGAAAUGGAUAUGCUGGAAUUUGUGAAAAAUGAGAUUCUCAAUGAUUUUAUGAAAUCUGAGGAGAAGGGGAAGACCAUCGACUCGAAGAUAUCUGAAUUGGAAGCAACGAAUAGGGGUGCUGAGCAAUUGAUCAAGGUGAAUGGGGAUGAGUUGAGGAGACUUCGUGCAGCACUCGAGAAGAAGACCAAGAUUAACAUUGAGAACGCGUUUGAAUGA